ACCAGUCAAGUUAUAGCGGACACUCGAAUACGGAGCACGUUCUGCGACUACGGAUAACUUUUAAAUCUCUUAUCGACUAUUUUAUCAACUUAAAACAACAUUAUUUAUAUUUUUAUCAUUAUUACUAUAUGACUGCUAUUACAAAUAUAUAUAUUGUGUUAAAUUAUAUAUUUUAUUUAUUUAUCCAAUAAAUAACUUUAUUAUUUGGGAUACGAUCACGUGAAAUUGUGACAUGUGAAGGACUAAAGAAAUUUUUACUUUAGUGUAGUGGGAUUUUUUUUAAAUAAUAAAUAUAUAAAAAUUUAAUCAAUUAAAUUGACAAAUAAAUCUGAUAAGAUUUUGUAAAUUGAGUGAUUAAAAGUGUAGAUUUUUUAGUUGUUUCAGUUGAAUUAAAUUAAACUUGUUUUAAUUAAAAUUUUUAAUUAUAUUAGGAAAUUAAAUUGAAUUGAAAUAAAAAAAAAAAAAAAAAAAAAAAAAAAAAAAAAAAAAAAAAAGAACGGGUGUUUUUGGUAUUGGUGGCCGGGAUGCGGCACUCGAAGAACGUGAGUUCUAGUAGGUAACACGUGGCAAUUUCACACACUCCUAAUUUAUUAGGUUCACGCAUAUGCGCGUGAGAGGCUGUCGGACCACCAGAAUGCGAGGGGUGUGGAAGUUGCUACGCAUAAUCAUCUACACGAUGGUUGGCAUAAAAAUAGUCAGUGGUAACGGUGACAUCUGGCCACUAGAACGUCCGGAAGGUAUGCCAUCAAUCCAAUCCUUGGAGGUUAUGUGCGGUAAAGAUCAUAUGGACGUUCAUUUGUCAUUUUCCCAACCAUUUGAUGGUAUUGUAUCAUCAAAAGGACAACACGCUGAUCCAAGAUGUGUCUACGUGCCGCCAUCUACUAGCCAAACUUUUUUUUCAUUUCGAAUAGCUUACGCUAGAUGUGGCACCAAACCCGAUAUGCAUGGGCAGUUUUAUGAGAAUACUGUUGUUGUACAAUAUGACAAAGAUUUACUUGAAGUAUGGGAUGAAGCUAAAAGAUUACGGUGUGAAUGGUUUAAUGAUUAUGAAAAAACAGCAUCAAAACCGCCAAUGGUCAUCGCAGAUUUGGACGUUAUUCAAUUAGACUUUAGGGGAGACAAUGUUGACUGUUGGAUGGAGAUACAGCAUGGAAAAGGACCAUGGGCACCUCCGGUAUCGGGAAUUGUACCCUUGGGCUCUACAUUGACAUUAGUCGUUGCGAUUAAUGAUUAUAGAGGUGAAUUCGAUAUGAGAGUAAAAUCAUGCGUAGCAUCUGACGGCGGUGGGCACACAAUACAAUUGAGCGAUGAACUCGGUUGUGUAUUGAGGCCAAAGAUGAUAAGCAGAUUUCUGAAAGCCCGUGGUGCUGAUGACCGGGCUACGGUUAUUACAUAUGCAUUUUUCCACGCAUUUAAAUUCCCGGAUGCACUCAGCGUUCAUAUUAAAUGCAAGGUUGAAAUAUGCAGACAUGGUUGCUUGGACCAUUGUCAAUUGAGUGGCGCAGGUGGUCAUUACAUUCAAGACCGCAAAGACCACCCGGUUCGGACACUAUAUCCUCAGACCACUCAAACCACAAUGACCCAUGAAGACGACACUUCACUGUACGACGAUAUUAUACAAAAUGGCGAUGAAAUGGCGUCAAUUGGUGGACAAUUUAUUGGUGUUGAAAAGUCGGCACCCAAGGCACAAGCUCAGACUAGUAAUCGUAAUACUCCACAAGUCACUGAUGAACAAGAUGAUGAAAAUAAUAAUAAUAAUAAUAAUAAUAAUAGCAAUAACAAUAAUAAUAAUAAUAAUUAUAAUAAUAAUAAUAAUAAUAAUAAUAAUGAUAACAGCAAUCAAGACAAUCGUGAUGGAUCAGAUUUAGCCCAAUCAUUUAUGCAGGAUCCGCCACGUGUGACUCGAUACGAAGGAGAAGAUCAAUUUCCUCAUGGGCCGCGUAAUCUUGAAGAGGACGAAAAAGUCAGUCAAAUUCUAACAAAUGGCAGCACACGACGAAAACGUUCUGUUAGAGUAUUGGAUCGUAAAGCACGAUCGGCAGAUGUGGGUGUCAGUGGUAUUUACGAAGUUAUUUCCGAGGCUGAUUUAGCAUUCAGUCCUGACACUCACGCCGAGGCGGUAACAGUAUUCCAAGGACGUAUACGUGAAGAAGUUGUCUAUGGUAUUUGUUUACCAAUGCCUGGUUUUAGCGCACUAUUUAUUAUUGUCGCAUUGUCGGCAGUGAUAUCAGCACUUGUUGCGGGUGCGAUGUUACAUAGACUACAAGUACAACGUGAAGUUGCUGCUGGUAAUCAAAAAAAUCGGGUAGCCGUUGCUGUUAAUGCUAAUGGAUGGUUACCGUACGGAUUAUUACGUGUCAGGUGCAAUGAUCGACUAACAGAACCGGGGGAAGACAGAAUUCAAAAACAACAAGACGAAACGGGUAAUCCUAUUGAAUAGGGUUAAAAAUAGCUCCCUCUUUAUUUUUUUUAUUAUUUUUUUUUAGCACUUUGAAUACUGUCUUAAAAUAUUUAAAAAAAUUUCAAUCAAAAAUAAUAAUCAAAAUAUUUUUAAAUGUAAAAAAUAUAUUUUUUUAAAAUUUAUAUUGAAAAUUGUUGGAAAAUCAAAAUCGAUAUUUUAUUGCUAGUAAUAUAGGAAAGAGUGGGACAAAAUUAGACACGAUAAUUUUUUUAAGUGUCUGCACACAUUUCUUUGUUAACAAAGAGAAAUUUUUUUUUGUAAAUGUUUAUCUAGUCUCUAGAAAAAAAGACGAGUUAGUCACUAAUAGUACGACCGUUUAAAAAUUUUGAAAAAAUUUACACCAUUUUAAAAUCCAUGGAUUUCCCAUAGAGAAAUCUAUAUUUCCAAGUUCCUGUAUGGGAAUCCAGAUACUCAUGGUUUUCUACAUGCACGGAAAAAUUGGAACCCGACUGGUUACUGCUCUGUACCGUACUGAGUCGGGUGGAUUCUCAUAUAAAUCCAUAUACUCCUAUAUUUAUUCCUGUGGAUUCUUACAUAAAUUCAUAUUUUCCUAUAUGGAUUCCUAUGGGUUCCCAUGCAAUCCCACAUGGAUUUUUUUGAUAGGGUAAGUAACUGACAUUCCUUUAAUUGAAAAAAAAGUAUAUGUUUAGUAUGAUCAAGUGCCGUCUUGAAUCACGCCGCUAGUGUCUCCAACCAAGAAAAUAAUCUUGGGUUAAGAAUAUCGCGCUAUUGAUUAAAAAACGACCUGACUUCUUUCAAAAUUUUACAAUUUUUGAUUUAAGAACAAAUUUUUCUCAAUUAAGAUUAAAAUACUUGAAGAAUAAAUGACGAAUUUUCUCGUUUUUCAUGCAAGCGAACAUUUUCUUUAAUCAAGAAAACAGAAUGACGAGACAGGAAUUCAACUUAAAAAAAAAAAAUUCUUGAUUCAAGUAAAACUUUUUUUUAUGACAUGAUUAUUUUUCGAUUUUAGAAAACAUAAAAAAGUUUUUCUUUGAUCAAAGUUCUAGAAUGCUCGUACUACUUGAGGUGACCAACUAACCCCAUAAUUUUUCUACAGGCUAUAUAAUAUAAACCCGAUGAAAAAAGAUUUUAUACAAUUGUAUAAAAUUAUAUACAAAAAAUGGCCCGAUCCAAUCGUAUACAACUGUAUAAAAAUUGUAUACAAUUCUAUACAAAUUGUAUACAAGUCUAUAUAAUUAUAUACAAUUUUAUACAAAUUAUAUACAAUUUUAUACAAAUUAUAUACAAUUCUAUAUAAUUGCAAUAUACAGAAUUGUAUAUAAUUAUAUAGAAUUGUAUACAAUUGGAUCGGGCCAUUUUUUCUAUCCAAUUAUAUAUAGUCUAUAUAUAAUUAUAUAUAGUCCAUAUAUAAUUGAUAUAUAAUUCUAUACAAUUGUAUAAAAUCUUUUUUCAUCGGGAACAUUUACACAAAUAAAUUUUCUUUUGAACCCUUCAGCACUUGCGUUAGAGCAACGUAAAACAUUACCCGCGUGAUGAGAAAAAGUCUCAUGGCUUUUUAAAAUAAAUAUUUUUAAAGUAUUUUUUAACCUCGAAAUAAUUUUUAAAUUUCAUAAUCAUAAAAAGCAUAAAAUUCUACGAAGAUAAAAAAAAUUUCACUAGAAAUUACUUAGAAAAAAAUAGUUGAAGUCAAGUGUGAAAAAAAUAUCAUAGCGCGGAUGCUAAAGGGUUAACCCACUCUUCUCUAUAUAUGUAAUCACUCUAUAGUUAGUUGAAUAUAAUAAACAUGUAUUUAAUUAAUGACAAGAAAUUAAUUUUAAUAUUAUUAACUACUUAGUUAGGAGACAAUAAAUACUACGAAAGAGCGCACUAAUGACUUGAAAAAGAAAAAAAAAAACGAAAACUUUCAAAGAGAAUUCGAGUAUAGGUUAGGAAGAAUAUAGCUCUCUAAUUCAGCCGUAAGAGACAAUGUGCAAUAUAAUGCUGUACAAAGUACCGUAAAAUACGUCCUAAAGGAUGCACGUCCCUGACAAUUAUAUCAAAUAAACUUCAUACGCAAUUUAUUAGUAUAUAAUUAAUAUGCUAUAUAAAUACAAUUACAUAAUUAUAAGUAUAUAAAAAUUAUAUUUUAAUAAAAUAAUCAAUUAUUAAGUUUACUUCUUUUCUAAGACCAUAUAUUAUUUUUUUUUUAAUGCAUGAAAAGAAUUUUUCGUUAAAAAAUACGAUGGUGUACCUAAAAAUUAAAGAUUCGGAUAAGAAAUUUCGUAUGACGAUAUAUGACAAGUUAUGACUGAUCAGAUAAAAAUAAUUAUUCUAUAUGAUUAUCUAUAGCCAUAUAUGAGCAUAUAUGGGUUUACAUUUUUAUGAUUAUGCAUAAUUACAUAUUUACAAAAAUAAUCUUACUGUUUUAUAAUCGGCAAUCGUAUAUGAUCAUAUCUGAUAUUAUAUAUAAUCAUAGAUAAACAUUUGCAAUCAUGUUUGGUCAUACAUGAUCAGACAUGGUCAUAUAAGAUCAUGUGUGGUAACAUAUGAUCAUAUCUGUCAUAUGUGGUCGUGGACGUUCGUAUAUGAUCUUAUCUGAUGUCAUAUAAUUAUAUAGUAGUAAUAUCUAAUAUAACGUAUUACCAGAGAUGAGCAUAUGUAGUCAUGUUUGGUCAUAUAUGCUUAAAUAUGGUCAUAUAUGAUCACAUGUGAUCAUAGAUAUUCAUAUAUGAUUAUAUCUGGUAUCAUAUAUAAUUAUAUAUAAUCAUACCUAUUAUUGUAUAUUACCAGACAUGAGUAUAUAUAGUCAUGUUUGGUCAUAUAUGUUCAGAUAUGGUCUUUUACAAUCAUGUCAUAUAUGCUUAAAUAUUGUCAUAUAUGAUCGUGUGUGAUCACAUAUGAUCACAUGUGAUCGUGGAUAUUCAUAUAUGAAUAUAUCUGGUAUCAUAUAUAAUUAUAUCUAAUAUUGUAUAUAACCGGACAUGAGCAUAUAUAGUCAUGUUUGGUCAUAUAUGUUCAGAUAUGGUCGUAUAUGAUCAUGUGUGGUCACAUCUUAUAAUAAAAUUAAGAUGAAAUAUAUGUGAAGCCAAACUAUUCGUAACGUGAUUGGUCAAAAGCGAAAAAAUAUAUGCGACCGACACGAAAAUAUACAUUAAAAUAAAUAUAAAAAAAAGACACGCGCGCGCUUGCACGCGAACCAUGUACGCUAGUAUGAUCAUAUUUCAUGUCUGUAUAAUUAUAUAUAAUUACAUUUAGUAAUAUAUAUUAUUGUAGAUAAUCAUAUGUAAUAAUGUUUGGUCUUUUAUAAUCAUAUACCGUCAUAUUGAGUUAUAUUAUAACUAUAUAUGAUCACAGAUAAUCAUAAAUAAUUAUAUGAGUUAAAUUCUUUUUUUUGAAAAAAAAAAAAUAAUAAACCAAAUUGACGUUCACAAUUUACGAAAUUCUUAACCAAUGAAUGAACCAAAAACAACGACAAAAAUUUUACUACAAUGAGAAAAUUUACCGCGUUCAUUAAGUUUUUAAAAAUAUAGAAAUUGUGAAAAAAAACAUAGUAAAUAUUUAAAUAUAAAUCAAAAAGUAUUUAAAUUGUAUAUUUUAACGAAAAAUUCUAUUCAAAUUAAUUUAAAAAACAAAUUUUGUUUAUAAAAUCACAUCAAAAUGUGCUUAAUUUAAGGUGCAAUAAUUUUUUUUAAUAGCAUAUUAAAAUAGUAAUUAAUUAAUUACUUAAUUACUUAGUUGAUCAUUAAUAUAUUCAUCGUUUUAUGUUUAUUAUAAAUUUUAUAAUUAUACAUUAUACAUCUUACAUUAUCAUCAUAAUAUAACAUUAAAUUGUCAUGCUGGUGCUUAAUCAAACUUAUGAUGUAAUAAAAAAAAAAU